AUGUAUCCUGACGUUAAUAAAUUAAUUAACAACAUAAAAAAAGUAUUUUUAAAAGCUCCGUAUAAUGUUCAAGUGUAUAAAGAAAUAUUACCUGACAUUCCAUUACCCUUAGAACCAGUUUUGACAAGAUGGGGAACUUGGUUGGAAGCUGCUAUAUUUAAUUGUGAUAACUUCCAAAGUUUAAAAAAAGUUAUAGAAGAAUUGAUAAAGCAGAAGUCUCCUAGUCAGUCUAUACUUAAAUGUAAAACAGUUCUUGACUUAAAAUCUGUAGAAAAUGACCUUAUAUUUAUUAAGACCCAUUUUCUUAUGCUUAUAACAUGCAUAAAAAAUCUAGAAAAAUCAAAUGUGUCUCUUGUUGAUUCGAUAAAUCUCAUUGAAAAUACAAUUGUUAAACUUCAACAAAUACCUGGAGAAAAUGGAGAAAAAAUUAAAAUUAAAAUGGAUCAACUUCAACAAAAAAAUCAGGGACUCUCAAUUUUAAAAAACAUAUCAAAAGUCUUGGAGGGAAAUAAUGAUGUACAACUUGUAGGUAAUUUUCCACCUACUGUGGUUACUGAUUUUCAGUAUGCUCCUGUGACUUCAGUAGACGUUGAACGUUCGUUCAGUACGUACAAAAAUAUUUUGUCAGAUCGCCGUACAAAAAUGACACCAGAAAAUAUGGAAAUGAACAUAGUUGUUAAUUGUUUCCAAAGAGGAGAAUUCUCUUAAUUA